AUGCGAGGCCUUUCGUGUCUUGCAAUUGUUUUAAUUAUCGUUGGGAUAGAUGCUCAACUUCAUCGAGUAAAAUUACAUCAUAUUGAAUCGGUUCAUGAUCAACUUUUUUCAGUUGAAUCACAUAAAUUAAAUGCAUUUGAACGUAAAUAUGGUCUUGGUGGACCAAUUCCUGAAGGAUUAACAAACUAUUUGGAUGCACAAUACUAUGGUGAUAUUGGCAUUGGUACACCGGCACAAACAUUUCGCGUUGUAUUCGAUACUGGCUCAUCGAAUCUUUGGGUACCAAGUGUUCAUUGCUCACUUCUUGAUAUUGCUUGUCAAUUACAUAGAAAAUAUAAUGGUGCAAAAUCAUCAACAUAUGUAGCUAACGGAACAGAAUUUAAAAUUCAAUACGGUACUGGUUCACUUCAAGGUUAUGUUAGUGUAGAUACCGUUACGAUUGGAGAUGCUAAGGUUCAAAAUCAAGGAUUUGCCGAAGCUAUUAAACAACCAGGAAUUGUUUUUGUUACAGCUAAAUUUGAUGGAAUUCUCGGUCUUGCAUAUCCAUCAAUUGCUGUCGAUGGUGUUUUUCCAGUAUUUAAUAAUAUGUGGGAACAAAAAUUAGUUCCACAAAACGCAUUUAGUUUUUGGCUUGAUCGUGAUCCGCAAAAUCCACGAGGUGGUGAAAUUAUUUUUGGUGGUUCGGAUCCAGAAUUAUAUGAAGGAGAAUUUACAUAUGUUGAUGUUACUCGUAAAGAUUAUUGGCAAUUUAAACUUGAUGGAAUAUCACUUGAUACAAAUCAAUAUUGUCAAGGUGGUUGUCAAGCUAUUGCUGAUACUGGUACAAGUCUUUUAGUUGGUCCAAAAGCUGAAAUAGCAAGUCUUAAUUCUAAAUUAGGUGCUUUUCCAAUUCCUGGCGGUGAAUAUAUGAUUGAUUGCGCAAAAGUUCCAGAUUUACCACGUGUUCAUUUUACAAUAAAUGGAAAUGAUUUUUAUUUGGAUGGACCACAAUACAUUUUAACUGUCAGUCAAUUUAAUAAAACACUUUGUAUAUCAGGUUUUGCUGGUAUUGAUAUUCCACCACCAGCUGGUCCACUUUGGAUUCUCGGUGAUGUUUUUAUUGGACCAUGGUAUACAGAAUUUGAUUUUGGAAAUAAUCGUAUUGGUUUCGCUAAAUCAGCUUCGCCAAAAAAUUCAACAAUGAAACAUCACAAGAAAGAUUUCAAACUUCGUGAUCUUAUCUUAUAA